ACCUCAUCACAGUCCCAAAUUUAAAAAUUAAAAAAAAAAAAUCCCAAAAAAAGAAAAAAAAAUUAGAAUAAACAAAAACAAAAGUUGGAAUUUGGAAAAUGUUAGCGAAUGAGUCGGAUGUUGGUGGGCGUGGCUCCUCCUCAAACUACGAUCUUCCCGAGGAGGUCUUGCAAAUUCUGCCCUCCGAUCCUUUCGAACAGCUCGAUGUGGCCCGCAAAAUCACAUCCAUCGCCCUCUCGACACGUGUCUCCGCCCUCGAAUCUGAGUCGUCCACUCUCCGCGCCAAGCUCGCCGACAAGGACUCUCUCAUCGCCCAACUCCAAUCCCAGGUCGAGUCGCUCGACGCCUCCCUCUCCGAUGUCUCCGAUAAACUCGCCCAAGCCGACCUCGACAAGGAGAGGUUGGUGAAAGAGAACGCUUUGCUUUCAAUCACGGUGAAGAGGCUUAACCGAGAUGUCUCCAAGUUGGAGGUCUUUAGGAAGACACUCAUGAAAUCACUUCAAGAGGAUGAUGAAAAUCCUGCAGGAGCUCCAGAGGUUGUUGCUAAUUUACAAAGCCAGUCAAGUGUAUCUUCCACAUCGCAGAUUGGAGAAGAUGAUGCCACAUUUCCACCUCCUAGAUUCCCUUCAGUCCGGAGUGAGACGUCUGAAGUAGGAUAUUCAUUUUCAGAGGAUCAUGAGACAGAUGCCUUAAGACCUCGUAUAUCUCAUGGCCUCCUGUUAGCAUCCCAAACUAGCACACCUCGGCUUACUCCUCCAGGUUCCCCUCCUAUCUUAUCUGCGUCAGUGUCCCCAACAGUAACAUCUAAACCUGUAUCCCCAAGGCGACAUUCAAUGUCAUUUUCAUCAUCAAGAGGCCUGUUUGAUGAUCGGUCUUCAAUGUUUUCUUCUAUGCACUCGAGCCAUCACAGUUCAGUAUCAAGCUCUGACACAGGAUCACAAACUGGAAGAACGCGGGUUGAUGGGAAAGAGUUCUUCCGCCAAGUAAGGAGCCGUUUGUCUUAUGAGCAAUUUGGUGCCUUUCUUGCAAAUGUUAAGGAAUUGAAUGCGCACAAGCAAACCAAAGAGGAGACUCUACAGAAGGCUGAUGAGAUCUUUGGCCAAGAGAACAAGGACCUUUAUGCUAUAUUUGAGGGAUUGAUUACUCGCAAUGUCCACUGAAAUUAUGAGCCCAACAGUGGAAUUGUAAUUACAUUUUGUAAGCACUGCUGUUUAUUAUAAUAGGUUUUCUUAGCAGUUUUUACUCUAUAUAUUAAACACUAAUUCAAAGUGUAAUGAAACUAUUCUUUAAACUCC